AUGGCAAGGUCGCGGACGUCAACGACGAUGCUACUCGAUCCCUCGGGCUCCACAGUGCCCGAGAUGCUGUUAUCACAACCGGCGGACGGCGGCCACCUGCGGGAAGAAGCUGGAGGAGCUAAUGGUGCCCCAACGGGUUGUACUAACGCGACAGUGGGACGGACCCGGGCGACGUCAAAGAAGCGAGAUGGACAUACGAAGGUGUACUACCAGGGUUUCUCGUACGCUCGGGCGAGCAUUACGAGCGUCAAGAUCUCGUAUCGUUGUAGCUCGUAUCGACAGAAAUGCAAGGCACGAUUUGUGUACAUGGCUGCCACGGCAUCGUUCGACUUCAGUGAACUCGUCCCCCACACCUGUCGAUCGGGCGCUGCACUUCAAAGCAGGACCGCUCAAGCUGAUGGGAGCCCCUGUGAAGAUGUGAGCGAGGCUGUACUAGAGGAGGUCGACCAGCUCGCUGUUGAAACGAAUAUGACCCAACGGGAUAUCUGGCUGCACGUUAUGGAGAAAUUCUACAUGCAGUCGGGGCCUCCGGUCCGUGGGGUAUCCAAGAACGCGGUUGAAAAUCGAGUGAGGUAUGCUCGAGGAAAAGAAACCGGUGGCAACCGCAAUCGAUCUGUUGAGCUCCCUCCUAUGUCAAAAGUGAGAGGAUCCAUGCAGGGAUUUUUUCAGUUCCAGUACUCGUGGCACGAUGAUAUGAAGGCGCAAAAAGACUCGGUCGGUGUUGAUCGAGUUUUGGCAUGGGCGCAUCCUGAGCUGCGCAAUCUGCUGCGCUUCGAGAACCUGUCGUGGUUCCUUGACGGCACGUUUCGGUCCACCUCCAUGCAGAAGGAGCAUUAUAUCAAGCUGUUGCGCUGUAUCGAGGACUGCGACGGUCUGAAGUUGACUCCUAAGGAAGUCGUGUGUGAUUUCGAGGCCGCUCUCAUCGGCGCACUACGAGCAUACUUCCCCGACAUCCGUAUCAUCGGAUGUUUGUUUCAUUUUAAACAAGUGUGUCGCCGAAAGCUGAAGGAGUACCAGAUACCAAGAGACGAAGCCAAGCUAGCAAUGGCCCCAAAUGUCUUUGACAUUUUGACGGUGAUCGACCCAAGUAACAUCGAAGUUCAAGGGAUUGCGUGGGUCAAGGCCAAGAUUAAAAAAGUUUGUGAGGCGAAGCAUAUGACCUACUCUCGCAGAAAGUGGCGUAAGGUUUGGGAUUACUUCCGACGGACUUGGCUAGAAAUGUUUCCGCCAACGUAUUGGAACGUGUUCGGCAUGCGUCGUGACAUUGUUAGUAGAACUAACAACCCUCUCGAGCGCUUCCGCCGGCAUCUGAACGGGAAGAUCAAAGCUCCACACCCUGCCAUGAGCAGCUUCGUCGACACGCUAGAAGGUAUUUCUCGCGAAUAUGUGGCGCAGCGUGUUGCUAUCCAGUCCGGACUCGCCAGGCCACCUCAACGGAAACGUUUCCAGCUGCCGCGUGCGCCGCAGUUGCCUGAGGUCGGCGACAUCGUGGAUUCGGAGGAAAGCGAAGACGAAGACGAGCAGCCUACCAUCGCCACGGAUGACCCUGCAUCCUGCUCAAGUGCGCCGGGUUCAGAGGACGACGUUGCUGAGAUGGAUCACGAUACGGCAGACUACAGUCCAGAUAACUCAUUUGACUACGACGGCGAUGCAUCAGCAAUUGUAUAA